AAGGCAGGAAGUUAUGUAACUCUCUGUUAAAGGCACCCGGUCCUUGCGCUCUCCCCUUUCGUUUUGGGAGUGAGCGCUUUGUUUGGGGAUCCACUUCAGCCACGCCGGGCUCCUGCAUCCUGUUUCUGCAGCCCCGCACACCUGCAGCGCUACAGUAUCACCCAUGGCCAAUGAAUCAAGGCCCUGCCCCUGUGAUAUUGGGGACAGGUUUGACUAUGGAGGCCGUGGGCAGGAGGUGCAAGUUGGGCACAUCAAGGCGUACAUCUGCAAACCUUCUGCCAACACCGACAAAGCUGUCAUUGUGAUUCACGACAUAUUUGGGUGGCAACUCCCAAACACCAGAUAUAUUGCUGAUAUGCUAACAACUAAUGGAUACAUAGCCAUCUGCCCAGAUUUUUUUGUGGGACAAGAAGCUUGGAAACCUUCUAAUGACUGGGCAUCUUUCAAUGACUGGGUGAAAACACGAGAUGCCGGCAAAAUAGACAAAGAAGUUGAUGUCGUCCUCAAGUACCUAAAGGACCAAUGUGGUGCCGAGAAGAUUGGUGUCAUUGGGUUUUGCUGGGGUGGAGCAGCAGUGCAACAUUUGAUGCUGAAAAAUCCCCAUGUAAAGACUGGAGUGUCCCUCUAUGGAGUGAUCAGCCGUUUUGAGGACAAACACAGUUUGCUGCAUCCUACCUUCUUCAUUUUUGGUGAGAAGGAUAACAUUAUUCCAUUGGAGCAAGUCACCUUGCUGGAGCAGAAGCUUAAACAAAACUGUAAAGUUGAUUAUGAAGUUAAAAUUUACCCUGGACAGACACAUGGGUUUGUGCAUCGCAAAAGAGAAGAUAUCAAUCCUCAGGAUAAACCUUUUAUUGAGGAAGGAAGAAAGGAUAUGAUCAACUGGCUGAAUAAAUAUAUUUAGGUUAAAUUAAUGCCAAUAAACAAAAUCAAUUGUUGUAGGAAAUCAGAAAAUAAUAGACUAUAUUGCUUAAAAUGUUCUUACAACUGUAAAAAUAUUUUGUAAAA